AAAUUUCCAAGCAUCAAUCAAUUUCAUCUCCCAAUUUAUCGAAAUAUUCAAUUAUUCGCUGAACUUAUCAAAUGUCAAUCAGUUUAAUGCUUGGGUGUUAAAAGUUAAAAGUGUAGACAUGUGCCAUUAACCACUCACAUGGCAGUAGCACAGUAUGGCAGAGCAAGUACAUCAACUGAAUCCUUCUUCUUGGAGUAUGAUACAAAGCCUUCUUUUCCUCUUUGCUUUUCAAUCUUUUCAUUUUGAGCAUUGAACAACAAAUCUUGCUAACCCUAAUUCUUAGACUAUAAAUCAGAGACUAAAAUCAUCUCAAAAUGUAGAAAGGAAAACACCACCAAUUUCAUUUCUUCAUUUAUUGUGAAAACCGCGAAUACAACAACGUUCACCCCUUUCCGUUACUCUGAACUCAUCAAUUGAGUUCAUAAGAUUAGGUCAUGGCGUGCUCUGAUGAAAAACAUGAUCGAUUAAGCAAUCUCUCAGACGAUUUGAUUUGUCAUAUUUUGUCUUUCCUAUCAACCAAAGAGUGUUAUAGAACAUGUUUUCUAUCCACAAGAUGGGAGUCGAUCUGCACCAAGAUUCCCAACCUUCACUUUCAAUUACCAGAGAUUUCAGACCCUGAGUUGUCCAAAGAAAUCAAAUUUGUAAAUGUUGCUCUCCUAAGACGCACCGAAAAUAUAAGAAAACUAAGGCUUGAUGGUGAGAAAGGCUGCCAGCCACAUGAUGUACACAUGUGGGUUUCAAAGGCAUUAGAUCUCAAGGUCCAGGAACUUGACUUGGGUUUGCUUCUCCAUGAAAAAACCUUAUUGCCGCUUAGACUUUCCACGUGUGAGUCACUCGUGGUCUUAAAAUUGCAGGGCAGAAUUCAACCAACACUCAAUUCUGCUUUUCAUGUAUAUUUACCGUCACUAAAGAUUCUUCAUCUCCGUGAAACUGUGAGGUAUUCUAUGGUUGAUGACGGUAAAGAGUAUGAUCUCAAUAAUUUUCUGUCUGGUUGUCCACAUUUGGAGGAACUUCUUUUACAUGAGACCUUUGCAUUACCGAUCAACACCUCUUUUCACUUAUUGAAGAGAUUAUUCCUUUGUUUAUAUAUGCCUACUUCUGUUAUUAAGUGUUGUCCACUACAAAUUAAUGUCCCGUCACUUGAAGUUCUUUCUAUGGUUGAUUUUUCAUUGAAACCUAGAAAAUAUGACUUUACAAACUUGUCCACUCUUGAUGAAGCUGCUCUUUGCAUUUGUAAGCGUCCGGUUUUUAACAAUUUGUAUACACUCUUGAAAGGACUUUCUAAUGUCAAAACAUUGGCUCUCGGUUCUAAAACUUUUCAUUUUCUCAGCAUGGAGGACAAACUUGACAACUUACAUCUUCUCACUUUUCACAAUUUAUUAUAUUUAACGGUUGAAAUAUCUGAGAAUUGCAAUUGGAAUAUGCUCGUCAGCUUUCUACAGAAUGCUCCAAAACUUAAGGAUCUUGCAGUUAUGAGAAAAAUUGAAAUCAAUUCCCGGAGAAAGGAGGUUGGAAACUCGAGUUGGGUGGAGCCAUUAGUAACUCCGGCAUGUCUUGCAACAACUCUCAUUACAUUUGAAUUUAAAGGAAUUCAAAACAUUAAAACUGACCUGGACUUUACGCGAUAUAUUGUAAGUCACUCAAGUAAGUUACUGAAGGUAAAGAUUUUCACACCCACUGCAAAGAAAAGAAGAGUAGAAAAAAGUUUACGCAUGGGGUUAAAGAAAUCCUCCUUAUUAGUAUGGGAUAUUAAUUCAAUUGAAGAUCAUUUGGAUUUCACCAAGAUUUCAAUGACGACUACUCGACCCUCUUAAUCUAGUUAUCAAAACUUAUAUUGGUUUGUUGCAUAGAAUUCUCUAAUGAUGAAGAACAAGUUAGAUGUUAGAUAUAAAAGCUGUUUUUUGUUCUUCAUUCAUCUAAUAAGUACCAGCAGUACAAGUCAACCAGAUUGUGGUGAUACUGAUAUAUUAAAAGUGUUAUGCAAAGUCAGUUUUUUACUGUUAUCCAAUAUGAACUAUUGAUUUUAGAUCGAAAUUGUUCUACAUAAGACUUGCCUGUAAUUGUUCAAUCUUGUUCUUCUA